CCCCGCACUCCAUCGCUCCCCUUUCCCACCCGGAAAAGAGAGAGCGGAGCACCAAUUCGCCGAGGAAAACAGAGCCAAGGGAAUGGCGCACUACAACCCCGUCUCCGUGGACGCCUACGGCGACCUCGAGGCCGGAUUCUCCGGCCACUCCGCCACCCCGCUGAAGCCGGCGGCCUCGCCGAGGCGGCCCGGGCGCAUGUUCUGCGACCCCUGCGACGACGCCGACGAGCUCCACGGCCACCACCACUACCUCGACAUCUGCUUCCGCUGCCGCAAGCUCCUCUCCGGCAACAGAGACAUCUUCAUGUACAGAGGUGACAUGCCGUUCUGCAGCGAGGAGUGCCGGCAGGAGCAGAUCGAGAUCGACGAGGCGAGGGAGCAGCGGCUGAAGCAGACGGGGAGGGCCGAGCAGCAGCGGCAGCGGCAGCAGAAGCAGAGCCCCCAGAGGAUCCCCAUCUGGGCGUGGUGAAGAAAAAAGUUUUGAGCACCGGAAAACGUAGUAGGAUUUAGCUGUACCUCAAGAACCGAAGCACGAUGCGUGUGAAAAUCACGCGCGGUCACGGGUCACCAGCUCGACGGAGACGAGGGCCACAGGCCACAACACAAGGCCAGGCAGAGGGGAGAGGGAGGGAGAGCCGAAGCGGCUGCGUCUCUGUUUAUGAAAUCGAACGAGCUCCUCCUUUUGAUCUCUGAAAGAUGGAGAUGGAGGGGUUGAUUCGAGCGUGAAUUAGUCCUUGUUCUGUUCCUCUGCACAGUUGCACGGAACAAAAAAAAAGUGUGCGUGCGAGCAGGUUGUGCCGCGGUCGUGUCUGGGUUUGCCGUGUAACCUGUCGAUAUGAAAAGAAGUGAGAGGCACAAAGAGCACUCUCAGAUUUCUCAUCA